CAAAAAGUUGAAAAAACAUUUGCCUGCUUAUCAAGCAAGUAACAACUGGAAACGAAAGGGAGCGCCCAUCAACUGCGUUACCUAGUGCAUAUUUCUGAUUCUCUUAUUAAUACUCAUUCCUGUUUUCUAUACUUUCUAUCGCUCUCAUCGAAUAUCACUCAUCGUACCCUCGUCAUAAAAUUACCCCGCCAUCAUGUCGUCUUCUAACCCCCGCGAUCAAAAAGAGCCUGUCGACGAAGAGCUCGAGGAGGAUAUGCUCGCCGCGGAGGAUGCCGCCGAGGAGAUUGUCGACGAUGAGGACCUGGCUAUGGACUCCGACAAUGAGGAGAUUCUGCUCCAAAACGACUCCAUCGGUUACUUCGACGAACCUAAAGACUCUCUCUUCACCAUCGCCCAGCAUCCCAAGUACCCCUCCAUCAUCGCGGUCGGCGGUUCAGCUGGCCAGGAAGAUGAUGCUCCCGGUGCAGGAUGGGUCUUCAACACAGCCUCUGCUCAAUCGCGACCUCCGCUUCCUGCUAGUUUCUCGAGCGACCCCGCCGCAGACGCCCUGAAGAGCACCCAGCUUCCCUCGUUAUUUAGCCUAGAUGGCCACACAGACUCGAUUAACACACUCGCAUGGACUCUGCCUCAAGGAGAGGCCCUGGUCAGUGGUGGACUUGACGGAAGGUUGCGCGCUUGGAAGGCAACCAUCUUGAACGAUGGUUCAGUCAAGAUGGACUUCCUUGGUGAGGCACAGGAGGUGCCUGAGGUCAACUGGAUUGCGCCAUGCCCAUCUUCCAUCAACCCCAACACCAUUGCUCUAGGCGCUUCCGACGGUUCGGUUUGGGUCUACACAGUUGAUCCUACAGAUAAAGCCAAUCCUCUUCAGAUCGUUCAGUCCUACUUCCUCCACACUGGUGCCUGUACCGCUGGUGCUUGGACGCCUGAUGGUCUUCUGUUGGCUACCAUCUCCGAGGAUGGAAGCUUGUACGUCUGGGACGUUUGGGGUGAGGCUACUGCCAAGAACCUCGUUGGCGACAACGGUAUGACUGCAGUAGCUUUGACUGCCGAGGAUCAGCGUUUCGAGGUUGAGGGUGGUCUCUACUCGCUUGCCAUUGACCCCAAGGGCGCCUUCGUUGCUGUCGGUGGUGCCACUGGCGCCAUCAAGAUUGUCUCUCUUCCACGACUUGCAUCUUCCGGACCUCAGCCCCAGGCUCGUGCCCGAGCUGGAGGCAAGACUACUGGUCAGUCAACGGCGACCGCUGGCGGCCAAAUUCUCGCCGCACUACACACCCAAUCCGAGAGUAUCGAGUCGCUUGCUCUCGUCACAACGCCCAACACACCUCCUUCCACCCUUCUCGCAGCCGGCUCUGUGGAUGGCUCUAUUGUCGUUUACGAUGCCACCCGCCGCUUCGCCGUCCGACGGCACAUCUCUGGCGCCCAUGAGGAACAUGCCAUUGUCAAGCUCGAGUUCAUCCCUAACUCAUGGCAACUGACCAGCUGCGGCAUGGACGGUGUCGUACGCCGCUGGGACCUCCGAGGUGCUGGUGCCACAAACCCCAACGCUCCCGCAACAGCUGCUGAGGCUGGUCUGCAAAAGGAAUGGAAGGGCCACCGUGGUGAUGGAGAAGGUGGUGGCGUCUUAGGCUUUGUUCAAGGCGAGACAGGAGAGAGGAUUGUCACCGCUGGUGACGACGGUGUUGCUCUAGUCUUUGAAGCAUAGUGUUUGAAAAAUCAAAGGUUUUGGGAAAUGGUAUAUAGAAGGAGAAAAGCGUACUUGGAAGUUGUUUCUGCUAUCUUAUGAUUACAAUGAAUAGAAAUAGGGAUGAUACCCUGGAUAUUGGUUGCUACGGCUUGGUGGCCUGUACUUUGUGAAAUUUUGAGUCCCAGCAUAUGGCUGGUCAGGUUCAUUAUGAUACCCAUGUUGACCAGAGAGGAAAUCCGAUGCGUAGCUGCAUAUGUGUAUAAGUGAGCGCAUUC